GCUUCUCUUAUCAUGCCGCCACUUUGAAAAUGAAGACCUCGUGAACGCUUCUUCCUGCUCUCAUGUUAUUCCGAGCUUCAGUCCGUGUUCGUUCAUUUGGCCUUCGAAAGCGAUGUUUUGCCAGCGCCGCCGCUAGUUUCCGCAUUCCUGUUAUUGAUUUCUCCAGGUUCCGGGAAGCGCGAUCCCUUGCAGAGAAGAAGGAAACAGCGAAUGAGAUAGUAUCUGCCUUCAAGAACAGCGGUUUUAUCUAUGUGUCUAAUCACGGUAUUCUAGAAGAUACGGUUUCCAAUGUCUUCCGAAAGAGCGCAGAGUUCUUCAAAUUGCCUGAGGGUGUGAAGGCCCAACUCGCAUGGGAGGAUCCUCGUUCCAACCGUGGAUACGUUCAAAUUGGCCGUGAACGCGUCACUCAAUCCGCCAACGCUGCUGAGAUAUCUGCUCUCCGUGAAAAGGCACCAGACUUCAAAGAGACUAUGGAAAUUGGGCGGGAUUGGGACUCGGAGUGGAAGAAUCAAUGGCCCAAAGAGAGCGAUGUUCCAGGGUUCAACAAAACGAUGCUGAACUUCUUUCAGACGUGCCAUAACCUCCACGUUGAGAUGAUGCAGUCAGUUGCCCUCGGUUUAGAUCUUUCGCAAGAUUUCUUUGACCGCAAGAUUGACCAACAAUGCCAUAAUCUGCGUCUACUUUCAUACCCACCGAUCAAACGCGCAUUUCUUGACGGGGAUGGGCAAGCUAGAGCUGGCGCUCAUAGCGACUAUGGUACACUAACACUGUUAUUCCAGGAUUCGGUUGGCGGGCUUGAAGUUAUGGAUCCACAAUCAGGAGUAUUUGUUCCUGCGACUCCUAUCUCGGGCACUAUUGUCAUCAACGUAGGAGACCUGCUCGCAAGAUGGAGUAACGACGUUCUUCGGUCUACUCUGCAUCGUGUCGUUGCCCCGGCGAAAAUGAUAAGCUCAACAGAAACCAUUACUCCCGCUCGUCAAUCCAUCGCAUUUUUUUCAAAUCCAAAUUUCGACACAUUGAUUGAGUGUCUUCCGAAUUGCGGCAAGGAAGCCAGAUAUCCCCCUGUUAACACCGAAACUUACAUCGUGAGUCGUUUGGCUGCAACAUACAUAUAAUCGAAAUCGGUUGUUUCUGUCUGUCAAUCUACA